AUGAAGGCCUUCCUCAUCCUCUCGACGAUGGCGGCGGCGGCGUCGGCCAAGGUCGCCAGCUCCGUGCUCCGUGCGCUCGAAGUCGACGGCAACGCUGAUGUCUUUGUUCGGUUCGCGGACGCCUCGUCGGCGCUUGAGGCCGCGACGAUCGAGUCCAACAAGCCGCUGGAGCGCCAGGAGGUGUUUGAGAUCCUCUCGGACGCCACGGCGACGGGCCAGAAGAGCAUCGAAGCGGCGACCGCCGGGUUCGAAGUGACGCCGACGUGGAUCGUCUCGGGUGCCUUCAUCAAGGCCGCCGACAAGGCGCUCAUCGAGAAGCUGACGCUCAACCGUGUGAUCAAGUCGGUCGAGCAAGUGCCCGAUAUGGAGCUCGAUCCGGUGCUCUCCAAGUCCACCACCGACGACAUCACCGCUCCUGCUGCGUCGCCCAACCAGUGGGGUAUCGACACGGUUGGCGCCCCCGCCAUCUGGAAGUACACCAACGGCUCGGGUAUUGUCAUUGGCUCCAUCGACACGGGCGCUCGCCACACACAUUUGCUGCUGAAGGACUCGUGGCGCGCCGACCGCGGUUCGUCCGACCCGUACAACCGCACGGCGGUGCCCGAAGAUCUCCGCCCCCUCGGCACCCACACGAUCGGUACCAUGGAGAAGAGCUACGUCAAGCUCAUCACCAAGACCAACAAGGUCAUCUCUGAGUUCUACUCGGGCGUCUACGCCGACUGGGUCUCGGACUCGGUCAACGAACUCUUUGUGUACGACUCGGCGGCCAAGACGCUCCAGGCGGCUAGCAACGGUCAAUGCCUCGACGCGUACCGUGACGGCGACAAGUUUGGUCUCCACACGUACGCCUGCGAUGCCACCAACGGCAACCAAAAGUGGAUCAUCGACGCGGCCAACCACAAGAUCAAGCACGCAACGCACAACAACUUGUGCUUGGACGUGGACCCGACUAACCCGAGUAACGCGGCGCAGGUGUGGGAGUGCCACAACGCCAACACCAACCAGUGGAUCGACGCUGUCAAGUACUAA